AUGGCUUCUCAACCGCUCAACAUCGACCGCUACGUCGUCAUCCACGUUGCGACUACCUGCGACGAGCACGGCGUCUAUGUGACAAAGGACUCGGCCGAGGUCAUUGAGCUUGGUUGGAUCCUACUUGAUGCAAACUCGCUUGAGGAGAUCACCCACGAGAGCGUUCUCGUCAAGCCCGUCAACACUCCCAUCACUCCACCGUGCACGAGCCUGACCACGUUGACCUGGGAGCAUGUUCGAAACGCUGGUACCUUUAGAGAUGCUAUCACCCGAUUCGACACGUUUGCUACCGAGUACUUGACCUCCAGGAACCUCGACUUCGCCUUCGUGACCCUCGAUGCCUGGGAUCUCCGGGUCCAGCUUCCUCGCGAGGCCCGCGACAAGGCCGUUGUGCUACCACCCUACCUGCAGUACUCUCGCACUUUCGAUCUCCGCACAGAGUAUCAGCGAUGGCAGCAGCACCAUCCCGAGUCGCUCCCCUUCGGCCCUUCGAUGCUCUCCAACAUCUGUGCCGCCCUCGAGGUUGAGCCUGUCCAGUCGAGUGCUCCAAUCAAGCAUAACCUGCCAUUCCACCUGCAGGCCCUGGCCCCCGCCUCGCCUCGCCUCGCGAUGGAGGAGGCUAUCACCCUCGCUCGCGUUCUCCGUGGCCUGAUCCGCAAGUCACAGCCUCCCCAGGAGCACCCCGACGUAUUGACCCGACCCAUGGACGCCCGAGCCGAUGUUAGAGCCUUCCUCUCUGAGAGGAGUAAGGUUCUUCACAUGUCUGGACUGCCUCACGAUACUACUCAGUCCGAGCUUGAGAGCUGGUUCACCCAGUUUGGCGGCCGUCCCAUUGCUUUCUGGACUCUGCGUACCCCCGAGCAGCACAAGCCUACUGGUACCGGAUUUGCGGUUUUCUUUUCCCACGAGGAGGCUGCCGAGAGUCUCUGCAUGAACGGCCGUGCCCUGAACGAGAAGGCCAUCGAGGUCUCGCCGUCGUCUAGCCGCGUCCUCCGCCGCGCUCAGGACAUCCUGACUCCUUUUCCUCCCAGCAAGAACCGCCCCCGCCCAGGUGACUGGACUUGCCCCUCUUGUGGCUUCUCUAACUUCCAGCGCCGAACCGUUUGCUUCCGAUGCUCCUUCCCGACUGUUGGUGCUGGACCCGUUAACGAGAUGAGCGCCAACGCUUAUGGAUAUGGUGGCUAUGGUCCUCCUGCUACGAUGCCGCCUCCUCCUCAUGGUAGCCACCACGGCCCGAUGGGCUACGGUGGGCGCAUGGGUGGCAGUGGUGUCGUGCCUUUCCGUGCUGGUGACUGGAAGUGUGGCAACGAGGUGUGUGGCUACCAUAACUUUGCCAAGAACGUCUGUUGUCUGCGCUGCGGUGCCAGCCGUGCUGGAGCUGCGAUUGUCGCUGACCCUGGGUACCACUCUUCCAUGGACAACUCUUCUCAGUACAGCAUGAGCCAGGGCUCCAUGGCUGGAACUCUCGGACCCGGCCCCUUUUGCUCUGUGAGCUCCUUCGGAUCGAGCAGCCGCUAUUGGUCAGCAGCUAUGCCAGGUCCGCGGGGGUUUGGCUGA